CAGCCUUUUCUUCUUUGGUCUCCAGUGUGCAGAACAAUGAACAUGAAGCCUAAGUAGCCUGAUUGGCUUUUAAACAGCAGUACAGUUGACAAAUAGAGCCAACACUAAUUCAAAACACGUUGGCUUACAACGGGUUGUAGUAUCCCAUGCAAGUGUUUUCUAUUUUGGACAAUUUUUUUAGCUUUCCAACAGUAAACAGAUUAAUGUUCGAUUCCCAUUGACCAAAAACACGGAACCAUCCCACUAUUUAUUUUGAAUCGGAGUCCUGAUUUCUGUCCCAGGUUCCAUGGAGGCAGGCGCGUCCCUCGGCCUCAAGCGACGGUAUGAGGAGGUGGACCACAGCUCAGCGUUCUCCACCCCCAAGGACUCAGACGAUGAGGUCUCCAGCAGCGACAGCGCCGACAGCUGUGACAGCCUCAAUCCCCCGUCUGGCGCACCGUUUGCACCCACCUCCAUCCUCCGACGCCAGAGGCCUUCCCCGGGGGGGAAGCGGGUGCGCUUCGACCUGGUGACGGUGUACUACUUCCCGCGGCGGCAGGGCUUCACCAGCGUCCCAAGCCAGGGGGGCAGCUCGCUGGGCAUGGCGCGCCACCACUCCUCCAUCCGCCACUACACCCUGGGGGAGUUCGCCCGCGAGCAGGAGAGCAGCCACCGCCACACGCUGCGGCAGCACCUCCGCCAGGAGAAGCUCAGCGCCCGCAAGAUGAAGCUGACGCGCAACGGCACGGUGGAGUGCUCCCAGGCCGACCUGCUGACGCUGGAGGACGUGUCGGACGAGGACCUGGACGUGGACGCCGUGGAGGUGGACGACUGCUUCUUCCUACAGCCGCUGCCCACCAAGCGGCGCCGGGCGCUGCUGCGGGCCUCGGGCGUGGCCCGCAUCGACGCCCGCGAGAAGGCGGAGCUCCGGGCCAUCCGGCUGUCCCGCGAGGAGUGCGGCUGCGACUGCCGCCUGUACUGCGACCCACGCCACUGUGGCUGCAGCCAGGCGGGCAUCAAGUGCCAGGUGGACCGCAUGGCGUUCCCGUGCGGCUGCUCCCGGGACGGCUGCGGCAACAUGGCGGGCCGCAUCGAGUUCAACCCGCUGCGCGUGCGCACGCACUACCUGCACACCAUCAUGAAGCUGGGCCUGGAGAAGAGGAUGGAGCAGUACCCCGCCGACGCCGACCUGCUCCUCUCCGCCGCCUCCACCGGGCCCCCGUCCCCGGAGCUGCCCUGCUCCUCCUCCUCCUCCUCCUCCUCCUCCUCCUCCUCCUCCUCCCUGUCGGCGGGGGCCUUCCAGCUGGAGGAGAGCGAGGCGGAGGCGGUGGUGGCGGUGCACGACCUGCUGGCCGAGCGCGACGUCCUGGAGCGGGAGAACGAGACGGCCGUGCUGCACCUGCAGAGCGCCGAGGAGCAGGAGCGCCGCGAGCGGGAGCGGGAGGAGGCGGAGGCGUCGGCGCCGGGGCCCGGGGGGCUGCCGGGCCCCGGGGAGGAGCCGGGUGAGGAGCAGGUGCUGCUGCAGGGCUCCUUCCCCCCGGGGCCCGCCGUGCUCUGCGUGGCCCCCGACGUCCAGGAGACGGGCCCCCCCCCGGAGGAGCCCUCCGCCUCCCUGCUGUACUACCAGCUCACCCCCGUGCAGCCGGGGGCCCCGGAGCCCCCGGGGGGGGCCCCAGGGACAGGGGAGAGGGAGGAGGAGGAGGAGGUGUCGGUGGAGGCGGCAGGAGAAGAACAAAAACAAGGUAGCGAGGGCGGAGGCGAGGGCGGAGGCGUGGCCUGCGGUCAGGCCAACGGCGGGGUCGUGACCCCGGGCUCGGAGGAGGGGCCCCCCGGCCCGCUGCACAACCGCUCCCCGGGGCCGUGCCAGGCGGGGGCCCGCUCGGCCGCGCAGGGGGAGGUGGCCCCGCCGCCGCCCGAGGUGUAGCGCGCGGCCCACCUGCAGAUGUUUUGCACAAAAAUAAGCUUUUCUCUGAAGGCUGAAAAAAUAAUGUCCACAUUUGACGCCAAGGGAGAAAAGAAUGAACUAUUGAGUAAUGUUACGGUCCUCAGGCUCGCGGUAGCGCCCGUCUUGGGUCUCAAUCAUACGGGAACUACGGCAGUCAGAGUCUAACACUACAGAGCAGAGGGGGGACAUAAUGGCCCAAUCCCAUUUCUACCCCUUACCCCUUCCCCCUCCCCCUUGUUUUGAAGGGCUAAGGGGAAGGGGUAGAAAUGGGUAGAAAUGGGAUUGGGCCUAAGGCCCAAUCCCAUUUCCCCUUACCCCUUCAAAACAAGGGGGAGGGCUAAGGGGAAGGGGAAAGGGGUAGAAAUGGGAUUGGGCCAAAGUGUGAUUGCCAACCUUAGUCUUUUUAUCUAUGUUUUUCAUCCAGUGUAUCAAGCUGUGUGCACUGUGGUCUGUGUGUUUUGGGAACGCGCACCGAGGUAGGGUGGUGGUGCGCUACAUUCGGCCUCCCCUCCCCUGACGUCACAGCAUGGCCUCGCUGUCUCUGUCUCUUCAAGUGGCCGCCGUUGGUGUCCCCCCCCCGCCCGCCUCUCACAAUAGACCUAAUAAUCCUGGAGAUACUUGUUUAGUGUGUACUGUAUAUGCAUUUGCGACGAGCUAGUUGGAGCCACGGUAGCGGUCAGUGUGAUCUGUACGCACGAGGGCGAGGGCCACACGUGUGUGUGUGUGUGUGUGUGUGUGUGUGUGUGUGUGUGUGUAGGGGCCACGGUGCCGGUUAAAGCAGGAAGAGAGCAUCAGCGCUGAGGCGCCCCCCCCCCCCCCCCCCCGCCCGCAUUUCCUCUUCUGUUUCUACCUUGGAGCCGCUCCGGCAAAUGCUAAUUAUUUAUCUGAAGCGCUGGUUUUGCUUUUCCAGCAAAGGGUCACCCAGCUUGGGGACCUACUGCUUCUUUCAGUCAUGUGGGUUUCCGGCGGAUGAAGACAGCGAUCCGUUCGACGUGAGUCAUCACGCUUGCCUGUUUUUGUGUUUUAGUUUUUCUUAGAAUGGACAGAAUGAAACAGGAGCUGUUUCUGGCGGCAGCGUGGAGGUGUGUCACACGCCACCUCUAGUUAUUUGCGUCAUGUUGGAGAGAAGAAGACACGAAGGAUCACAGUAGUCUUCAAAUGAUUCGAACGACUGCUGGUGUCUUGUAACAACGGUUUGCGCUGAUCCAAGCCAGAUUUCAUAGAAUGAAAAUAACACAAUAGAGUCAAAUCAAACAAUAGCGUGUGCUGUUGUCAAAAAAACCAACAAGAUAUGUGAUGAACCACGACAACAAUCUUAGUAUGAUUUAUUCUGUUUUUAUGGAUGAGUGUGGGUAGAGUUGGAGCGUGUGCGUGCGUAUGUGCCUGUGCACAGGCGAGUGUGAGUGUAUACGUGUUGUAAACAUGUGUUUGUAUUUGCAGUAUAAGAGUGUUGGUCGUAAGGGGGGGAGGGGGGAGGUGAUAUUAAUGAGGAAUAUAAAUUAGGGAUAUAUUAAUAACAAUAUGUUUAUUCCCCUAAAGGUGCUGUGAUGAUAGAUUUACAACUUAGCUCUUUGUUUUGUUUUUAACAACCAUGAUAACCAAUGUGAUUUCCAGGGCGUGUACCCUGACGAGGGGCCGAGCUGUUGGGGUCUUUCAGUGCCUCUCUGAGGACCACCGUAGCGUUUGCACGGCACACCAUUUGCAAUGGUGAAUGCGGGGGAGUGUUUUGUCAUUUAAUGCGUCAAUGCGAACCCAUUUCUCUCUCUGUCUCAGUGUAUUUUUGAAGCUACAUAUACCGUUCAACUGAAGUGUGCCGACUCUUCUUACACAAAAUCAGUCCUCUGUUGUGUAGCCUUUAAUUCCAGCUGUUGCUUUCUUGUAAUGGCUCGCCUGACACAGGAUGUGGUGCUGUGUAUGAGAUGUCUGAUGUAUUUUAUUUGACUGUUUGUUUUGUUUUCUUAAUAUAUAAAUCGAUAUAUUCAUGCUAAAGAGUUGCACCAAAGCAGUGGUUUCAAACCUAACUCACCGACGCCGCCAGCCGCCACAUGCUCAGGCGAUGUCGCACCGUUGUCGUUGUGAGACGAGACAUCUUUCCCGGUACUCUGUGUUUACUUGACAUGCCUUGAAGAUAAUACCGUCCCUGAAGAAAUCAUGAUUACAAGCUGCCCGUUGUCGAGUCUUUGUCUCUGGCUGUCUACUAAUAGACUUAGGUUUGGGACCACUGCACCAAACAAACUCCAAUACACUAUGUGUGUGCAUGUAUGUGUGCGCGUGUGUGUGUGUGUGCGCGUGUGUGUGUGUGUGUGUGUGUGUGUGUGUGUGUGUGUGUGUGUGUGUGUGUGUGUGUGUGUGUGUGUGUGUGUGUGAGAAUGUGUGCCUGUGUGUGAACGUGGGAAACGACUGACACAUUUAGACUUCACCUUAAAGCUGUGAGAGCCACUCUCAUUCUAACUGUUGCCUAAAGUGGAUAUGAAGGUUCUUUUAUAUAAAACUUUAAAAUAAAGAAUCCAUUUGAAAAAGA